UUUCUUUGCGGACGCGCGCUUUUAUGACACUAUCCGUUUUUAAUACGAUAAAUACUGCGAAGGUUUUAUUACGAUAUUUUAAAUGACAUUCGAAAUUUGACGUCUCGAAUACACAGAUAAAAAAGAAAACAUAAUAUCGUGAUUUGGAUGAGUGAACUAGUGUUGUGUUAAUCGUUAUUUAUAAAGAAAAGUGUAAUGAAUUUUCAAUAAUUAUAUGGUGCUAUUGAAAGCGUGGAAUGCAUGCGUAUUGGAGGCCCCAUAUUCAUCACACAACAUUCGUAACUCAAAUGCCUUGAAGCUGAACGAAAAAUGGGUAACGGCUUCAGCAGCGCCAACAGUCGGAAGUGGUCGAAAAGAGAAGCCCCAAAUCCGGAGUCUUCUAGAAUCCUCUUCCUUCUGUACCUCAUACACAGAACUUGGAAUGUAGUUGUAGAACAUAUGGAUUCAAAGAGCACAAGAUGGCGUGGCUCCCAAGUUCCUAGUUCUGGGGGUGGAGUGCGACACUUCGACUCCGUGAGCUUGGACUCCGGUUCAUGUUACUCAGCCUGUAGUUGCAGCUACUGUCGUCUUCGGGACUGCGCUGCGGAUUGUGUCAGUGAGCUGACUCUACUGGAAGGAAUGGCCAAUUGUGGAGGUUGGAGCGAAGAGCCUGUAUCGAAGGACAAACAACGACCACCAAUAUAUAACCCCGAAGACUAUGCAACUUCCCUUAAGAAAUGGGGGAAGAAGACGGGAACGGGCAGUUUAUACGACCUAGACCCAGGGCAAGACCCGAAUAAAUCAAGGACACUACCCAUCCAGGGUAGCAAGGAUUUCAGAAAUCCAUGUCUUAAUGUUGGCGAAGAAAUGAGUCUGCGUCAGUUCGGCACACCCAGCGAGCUGCUCACCAAGCUGAGAGCAGAUCUCAGGCUUUCGUUUCCAAGUUUUGUGCAAGAGUUCGCGUGUGAGCCGCUAGAUGGCGUUACUCUUUUGCUGGAACUUCUACGUAAUAUUCAGCUCAGUCAGACGGGAGACGCUGCGCGAGGACCACCUGCCGUCAGACGACGCCCGCUUUUGGAUGAGUUAUCUUGCUUACAAUGCCUGUGGAGUUGCUGCACAAGAUACUCUGAUUGCGUUCGACGACUCGUGUCUGGCUCUAAUGGUGUCUACGCCCUCACUGUCUGCAUCAUGUCCACUGUCAACAAAACAAGAGUGCUGGCUCUGCAGCUUCUCACAAAAGCCUGCUACCCACCAGCAUCAGGCCACAGUAUGAUCUCUGAAGCCUUAUCCACUUUACGCCUACGAUUCGGAGAACCGGUUCGCUUCAGAUUCUUAGUUGGUAUGCUACAAAGUGCAGCUGGAUCUGGAGACCUGCAGGCAGCUGGACUUUCCUUUAUCAAUGCGUUACUAAAGAGCGCCCCAACGCCUCAAAGAAAGUUGUAUAUCCAAGCGGAGUUGGAACAAGCUGGUUUCGAUAUUGUCACUUUAAAGAAGACUGUCGCUAAAUUGCCGAAUGUCAAUGAAAACGUUUCGAGCGAAAUAGAAAAUUACGAAAGACAACUGAUUGACAUAGAUACGUUGAAUGAGAAAGCAAAUGAGGCGCAGAAAGAGAAGGACGAUCUGAGAAGCAAGCUGGACUUGUUAGAGAAGAGAGUUAAGAUAUUACAAGAAGAAAAGGGUAUCUUACUGUCUUUGGAAAAAUGUUUGCAAGAAAAAUGCUGUGAAUUACAAGAAGAAGUAAGCACACUUAGAUCAGAGCACAGUAAUUCAACAAGGAAGAAGACUUUUGUGAUUAAGAAAAAAAACUCCACGCACAAAAUUAGAGAUGAAUCAUCCCCACCAGAAGAUGAAGGUAUAAGUUCGUCCGAGCGUUCCCUAAGUCCUGAAGGCGAUCCACAGAGAGACUCAAUGGUCUACGAAGUUUUCAAUAUUAAAAACGAAACAUUCGAUUUAUUGCGAAACAAACGUUCCUUGCACAAAAAAUUGGAGAGCACAAAGAAGACUGAUCACAAAAAAUCAUCAGACGAAGAUGACGAGACAACUAUAGACGAAGUGAUACAGGAAUUGAGAAAUAUAGUCAAUCACGCCGAAUCCGAGCAAUACGUCAGAGAUAUCGCAUACGACGAUAGAUCGAGAUGUAACGAUGACUCCGAAAUAUCCUUACACGCUGUAGACUAUCAGAAACAAAAGACGAUUGAAAAGGAGGAUUCAAUCACGAGUACUAGACACAGCAUUCAAAUAACGAAUAAAGAUUUAGACGACGAUAAUGACGAAGAGCAAGAAGCGGCGAUUGUGCCCAGUAAGAUACUUCCACAUCCACCGAGAAAAGCCAAAAGCCUAAUACAUCUAUUCGUCCCUCCAACUGAACAAGGCCUACUUUACAGCAAAGCACCCGAUCUAAUAGAAGAUAAUAAUUUCUACUCCAGCGAUGAAGGAUCAGACUCUUUGCUCAGUGCGUCGCGUUGCCAGAACCAUGUUACUAAGAAAUCUUCAGUCACUAGUUUCGAUUUUAACGAAUGUCGUGCAAAGUUUAAUUCAAUCGAACGAGACGUCGACGAUACCAAAGUGAAACAUACUAGAACUAGAUCCAGAGACGAGAGUCGUAAGACGUCUGUUAAACGAAGCGAAUCCUUCCAAACUUCAGAGAAAGGAUCGCGUCAAAGGGAAUACAUCGAUAGCAUGUUUUAUGAAUCUCAAAGUCCAGCAGUCGAUUCGGUCCGAUCGAGUAACAAUCGAGUAGACGAAAUCGUUAAUUUAAUCGAAUCGAAAAAGCUGACGAAGAGUUUGGACAGAAUUGACGAGGGAUUAAACUCGAUUGUCGACAUCGUAAUGACGUCGGAACCCAAGAGACCCGUCUGGUCAUACGAGAGGAGGCAGAGGUCGUGCUCGCAAACGAACAGCGACGCUGGAAACGAAUCGCCUCUCAUGCCUUUGGCGAGAUCGAACAGUCGAAUCCAUACAUACAAUUCUAAAUCAAGCUACCGAAGCAAAGACGAGAAACUGGAACAGAAAUUCUUGCCACAAUCCAAAAUGAAUGCUCCGUUUGAUUCUAGCUUCAACAACACCUUCAUCAUGAAGCGUGGGAGCAACGCGGGGUUCUAUUCCGGGACGCUGUUGAGGGACGCCCCGGCGAGCAUGACCAGCCUCGUCAUGACUGGAACGCACAGCUACAGCGAUUUGAAGAAAACCGUAUCCCCAGUCGGCUCCUCUGGUAGUUUUGGAUUGCAUAAAGUAACGGACAUGCCUUCGGGACUGUAUUGAGUCCUUUAGAUAUAUAAUUCGUAUAAAAAAACCAACGACUAAUCUAAGUUUUGUGUACCUAAUAACUUUGUUUAGUGCAAUAUUAUAUCCUGCUGGAGUAUUUUGUGUCUUGUAGGAUCUAUGAUAGAAUCUUGGUAAUUUUGUAUCAAACAAAAUUCUCCUAAGAUUUUAUACAUUUUAUUUAUAUUUAUAUCAUCUAGAACUGCCUUCGAGAUGAUAUGAGAAGUUUUUUAAGCUGCGACACGGAAGCUUCCAUAAAGCUUCGGUCGCACCUCUGCUUUCAAUGGACUGCAAGGCGUAUUUGUUAAUGAUGUCCCUUGGUCGCUCAAGUAUGUCUGAUCCUUAAGUGGAAAAUA